CUUAAAACUGUCAGAAAUAUUUCUAGAAAAUUCAAAACAAAUUUUCAUUUUAAAAAGAUAAAAGCAGGUUUAGUUAUCACAAAUUUGGCUCGACUCUUAUUAAACAAGUUGUACACGGCAUUAACGCCAUCCGAGAAUGGCCGCUUCAAUAAAGUACGAUUGGUACCAGUCGGACACGACGGUGACAAUAACGGUGAUGCUGAAGAAUGCAGUCGACAAAAAUUACUCGGUCACGAUAGAACCCAACUCCGUCUGCCUCGCGGCGGACGGAAUCGAACCAAUCACAAUCGAUCUCUGGAACAUGAUCAAUAAGGAACAAAGUUCGCACAAAGCAACCCCGAGCAAAGUGGAGAUUAAACUAGCUAAACUGGUCGGAAUUCGCUGGGAAGCAUUAGAACGAAAGGCGAUUACGUCGAGUGAACCAUCGACAAAGAAAAAUUUUCAUGAUUGGAAUAAAAUUUCCAAGGAUAUCGAAAAACAGGAAGCGGAAGAAAAACCUCAGGGAGAAGAAGCAGUUCAAGAUUUGUUCCGAAAGAUAUACUCGGAUGCUAACGAGGAAACGCGUAAAGCCAUGGUAAAGUCGUACUACGAAUCUGGAGGUACCGUCCUUAGCACAAACUGGGAGGACGUAGGAGCAAAAACAGUCGAUGUCAAGCCACCGGAUGGUUGCGAAUUUAAAAAAUGGAACUAAAAUGGAUAUCUGCACACUCUUUUGUCUUAAACCGUUUUCAUCUGAAUUCACAUAUUUUUGUUAAUGUAAAAUAUUUGAAAUCGACACACAAAGUAAAUCUUUUCGCUUUCUUAUAAAAAAGACUACGUGAAUUAAAGAAACUUGUUGCAAUCAUAA